AUGGGUGGUGAUGUCGAGAAGCUUGUCAAUGAUUAUGACAUCCAAUUUAUCCAUAGCACGCCUUAUUAUGCUCAAUCCAAUGGUCAAGUGGAGUGGCACGACACAUUGUAUGAGACAUUAUGGGCUUAUCAUACUUCUAAGCGGAACCCUACUGCCACAACCCCUUAUGCAUUAAUGUUUGGUCACGAUGCGGUUCUCCCUUUGGAGGUGAAUGUUGAAUCUUUGCGCGUCCAAGAUCAACAUCACUUGAUUGGUGAAGAUUAUGUCCAGGCUAUGUGGCAAGAGCAUGAAGACCUUAGCGCGAAGUGCUUAGAGUCUUUGGACACCUUGGUAAUGGAAAAGCAGCGGAUCGCCCGCGCCUACGAUAAGAGGACGCGUGGUCGUAGUUACAAGGAAAGUGAGCUCGUUUGGAAAGCAGUCCUCCUAUUUGGCAAAAAGUUGACUGGCCGCUGUAAAUGGACUCUUCGCUGGGAAGGACCUUUUGUUAUUCACCGAAUUCUGGAGCGCGGGACUUUUCACCUCAAAGAUUUAGACGGCGACCUCCACUGCAACCCCAUUAAUGGCAAGUUCCUGAAGAAGUAUUACCCCAAUGUUUGGGAGUUUGAAGACCCACUGGAUCCAGCUGUUCCUGGGACAGGGAGGUAA